UUUGUCAUCACUAUCAAAUCACCAUCCACCUGUGAAACUCACUGAAUCUUCUCCAACUUUCCAGACUCAAAACCCAGAAAAAUCCCAUCAUCUCUUCAAAUUAAACUCUUCUUAUUUCUUCUCCAAUGAUCAAAUUCAAGCUCCCAUCUUUCAGUCUCAAUCUGACAUUUCAAUGGCAACCCUCUUCAGUUCUCCACCUUCCUCAACAUGGGUCCCAAUUAAAAUUCAAAAUUCAUAUCAAAAGCUUCCAUCUUUUCCCAUUUCUCACUACCCAUUUUCUAUCUCCUCCUUAAAACCCAGAAAACUCUGCUUCUCUUUGCAAGAUGAGAGAGAAAGAGAGACUUCUUCUGUAGCUGUUGUGGAUGAAAACACAAAGAAUGAAGAUACCCAGAAAAGAGAAGAAGAAAAAUUUGAGGAAAAACAAGAUGAUGAGCAACAAGAAUUGGAUUGGAAAACAGAUGAAGAAUUCAAGAAAUUUAUGGGAAAUCCGUCAAUUGAAGCUGCAAUUAAGCUAGAGAAGAAAAGGACUGAUAGAAAGCUUAAAGAACUUGAUGCUGAAAGUAACAGUGAUAAUCCAAUUGUGGGAGUUUUCAAUAAAAUUGCUCGUGAUAAUUUGUUGAGAGAGAAAGAGAGACUGGAAAAAGUUGAACAAGCUUUUAAAGCCCUUGAUCUUAACAAGUUAAAGAGUUGCUUUGGAUUUGAUUCAUUUUUUGCAACGGAUGUCCGGAGAUUUGGGGAUGGGGGGAUUUUCAUAGGGAAUUUGAGAAAGCCCAUUGAAGAAGUCAUGCCCAAAUUGGAGAAGAAACUCUCUGAGGCGGCAGGGACGGAUAUUGUGUUAUGGUUUAUGGAAGAGAAGAAGGAUGAUAUUACAAAACAGGUCUGCUUGGUACAACCGAAGUCAGAAAUUGACCUCCAAUUUGAAUCCAUGAAGUUGAGCACUCCUUGGGGGUACUUCAGUGCCAUAGGUUUGGGUGUUGCAACUUUUGGAACAAUUGCUCUGACUAGUGGUUUCUUUGUCAAGCCUGGUGCAACGUUUGAUGACUACCUGGCAGAUGUCGUGCCUCUUUUUGGUGGUUUUCUAACCAUCUUGGGUGUUUCUGAGAUUGCCACAAGGUUGACCGCAAAUCGCUAUGGGAUUAAGCUCAGUCCAUCAUUUCUUGUUCCAUCGAAUUGGACAGGGUGUUUGGGAGUGAUGAAUAACUAUGAGUCCCUCCUCCCCAAUAAAAAGGCUCUUUUUGAUAUCCCUGUGGCUCGUACAGCCAGUGCAUACUUGACUUCCCUGGCACUUGCAGUUGUUGCCUUUGUAUCAGAUGGUAGCUUCAAUGGAGGUGAUAAUGCAUUGUUUAUAAGACCUCAAUUUUUCGUGAACAAUCCUUUGUUUUCCUUCAUCCAGUAUGUCGUUGGACCUUAUACAGAUGAUCUUGGAAACGUAUUGCCUUAUGCGGUGGAAGGACUGGGAGUACCAGUUGAUCCCCUUGCCUUUGCAGGACUCUUAGGGAUGGUGGUGACUUCACUAAACUUGUUGCCUUGUGGAAGACUUGAAGGGGGUAGGAUUGCACAGGCCAUGUUUGGAAGGAACAUUGCCACAUUGCUUUCGUUCGCCACUUCUUUACUACUCGGUAUUGGCGGUUUAAGUGGGAGUGUUAUCUGUCUCGCAUGGGGAUUGUUUGCUACAUUCUUUCGAGGCGGAGAAGAAAUUCCUGCUAAGGAUGAGAUAACUCCAUUAGGUGAUGAUCGAUACGCUUGGGGUGUUGUUCUGUUCCUUAUAUGCUUCCUCACUCUCUUCCCGAAUGGAGGAGGAACCUUCUCAAGCUCCUUCUUCAGUGCGCCAUUUUUCAGAGGCGAUUUGUAAAUUGGGGAUUUAGUUUCAAGUUGUAUAUUCUUUGGUCUUAAGUAAUUGUGUUUGUUGAUGUGUUUUUGAUCCAUAAUCUUGUAAAUAAAACUGUUUUGGGAUGA